CAGUUUGCCUUCUCGCAAGAGAAAGCUGCGCAUCUGCAUAUGCUUUCUGAUAGCUCCUCCAUCGCUUCAAUUUCAGCCUUGGAGCCUAGCGAAGGUCAGGAAGAGGUGAUAGACGCAUUGCCUUUGUGUACCGAGCCAUCGCGUGCUCCAUUGAUUCAGCAAUCAGAUGGAGGAUCUGAAAAAGAAAGGCAAUGAAGCUGUUGCGAAAGGAGACUUUCAAAAGGCAGCCGACUUCUAUGCAGAGGCAUUCAAGUUCGUUCAGCCAGGCAGCGAAGCAGCUGCAGCAUUGCACAGCAACCGCUCGUACGCCCUUCUAAAAUUCGGCAAGGCUACUCAGGCAGCUGAAGAGGCGGGCCGCGCAGUCACCUGUCGGCCAGAAUGGAACAAGGGUCACUUCCGCCUUGGAGAAGCCUUGUUUGCACUGGAGGACUUUGACGGCGCAGAAAAAGCAUUCGCAAGGGCGCAUGAGCUGGCUCCAGAUGACGCCCAUGUGCGGGGAAGACUGCAAGCGUGCAAAGAAGCAAACAGUGGCUACUUCUUCAGGCAGUUGUUCGCCGGUCGAGACUUUGCCGUCGGCACUGGCGGCAUGCUCAACUUUGUGCAGAACCAGGUCUUCAGUGCGGCUCAACAGAUGCGCAACUUCAGCUACCUGGUAGGCGACACUCAGACGCGCGAGUGCGUCGUGGUGGACCCAGCGUGGGAUGUCAAGGCCAUCCUGGCCCGUGUGGAAGCGGAGCACAUGAAGCUGGUGGGCGCCAUAGCGACCCACUAUCACUUCGAUCACACCGGGGGGUUGCCGCCACCGCCGUUCGACUCCCUGGGAAUCCGGCUGGCGGGGGUCAAGGAGGUGGCGGAACAAGCCAAGGUGCCGGUGUACGUUCAUCGGGACGAUGCAGCCACCAUUCGGGAGAAGAACCGGGUUCCCGCAUCGUCGAUCCACGAAGUGCAGGACGAGGAGACUCUGCGCGUGGGGCGCGUCGAGCUCAAGUUCCUGCAUACCCCGGGCCACACCCCGGGGAGCAUGUGCGUGCGGAUCAAGCGGACGCCGGACGACGCAACUGGCGCCCUCCUCUCGGGCGAUACUCUGUUCAUAGGAAGCUGUGGCCGGCUGGAUCUCCCUGACUGCGACCAGAUGGCCAUGUACAGCAGCCUGCAAAGGAAGCUGGCCACCCUGCCAGACGAUACAAGGGUGUACCCAGGUCAUGAUUACGGUGGUAAGUUCACAACUAUUGGCUCCGAAAAAGCACGGGGCCUUUUACGGCCACUGUCAGAGGGCCAGUGGAAGGCUAUGCACAGUAAAAUCUGAGGAGAUUGCCAGAACCAGCUUGACGAGCUUCAACAGCUUCUAGAUCAAGCGGCCAGCGGGCGUAACAAACUUAUACAUAGACCAGAAUAAAGCAGGCAGCUGUAGCAAUGGUCCGAGCCUGAGUAUGGGCCUUGUGUAACAGCGUUUGAAAGCACGCAUCUGAUAUAGCGGCCCAGGAGGAAUGUGCAAUAGUAUGUAGGUGCAAUAUAUUCAUUGGUGUCCUAGCUGAAGGUGAUAGGUGUAACGUUAUACCAGCCCAAAUACAAAUCUGAACCCUUCGUCCUUGAUCGAUCUCAGCCUGAUGGUCGACUAAAGCUUAGCAUGUCACAUCAUGUCGAUUCACUAGGUGCAAUAUAUAAUAUAUGGCGGG